UUAGAUAUUUGAUUACACGGAGCUGUCGGCUCAGGCACAGGCGAUAUUACCCGUCGGCUCACCCAUCGAUGCCAACCAAAACAACUCUGUGUCCAACACGUCGUCGUCGACACCGGCUGUCAUUACGAAAGGAUCGGGUGGUCGGCGAUCGUGGCAUGAAUACGGACGCAACUCAGAGAUCGACAAAAUACAGAUACCAAAAAUACACUCAGACGUGGGAUUCAAGUAUUUCUUGGAGUCUCCGAUAUCGACGAGUCAAAGACGAGAGGACGAUCGGGUCACUUACAUUAACAAAGGCCAGUUCUAUGGCAUCACAUUAGAGUUCAUUCCAGACCCCGACAAACCAUUAAAGAGUUCAAUGGUUAAGUCACUUAUUAUGCUUGUGUUUCGUGAGGAGAAAUUGCACGACGAAGAGGUGAAGGCCUGGCAGUUCUGGCACAGCCGACAACAUAGUGUCAAACAACGUAUUCUUGACGCCGACACCAAGAAUUCGGCCGGAAUUGUGGGUCCCAUCGAAGAAAUAACACACAAUGCCAUCGCUUUCUAUUGGAAUCCAUUGGAAGGACCGGCAAAAGUCAACGUUGCCGUCCAAUGCCUCAGCACUGACUUUAGUAAUCAAAAAGGAGUGAAAGGCCUUCCAUUACAUUUACAACUCGACACUUUUGAUGACUUUCGGGAGGGCAGUACACCUGUCCAUCGGGGCUAUUGUCAGAUCAAAGUAUUCUGUGAUAAGGGCGCCGAAAGGAAAACACGGGACGAAGAGAGAAGAGCUGCCAAACGAAAACUUUCCGCCACUGGAAAUGGUCGUAAAAAGAUGGAAGAGAUGUAUCACCAGACAACUGAAAGAUCAGAGUUUUAUUCAAUGAGUGAUUUGUUAAAACCUCCGGUUUUAUUCACUCCGAGUGAUGACAUUGAAAAAAUAACAUCGGCUGAUAUUAACUUCUAUGGCGGACACAAUUCAAAUGAUAUGAGUUCUACGGAAUACGACACCGAUUCUCAAUUGCCUUCUAUUUCCACACCCAUCUCAACCAUCACAGCCACUAUAGCACCGACUAUAGGACGCGAGCGAACGGUCGACCCGUUGUCGGCUUCAUUAGAAAUGGCAAUAUCUCCGUGUCCUCCAAAGAAAAUCAAAUUAGAGAGAUAUCCCGAUACUAACGAGAGGGUUUUAUUAUAUGCGAAGCAAGAAAACGAAGAAAUCUUUCAUCCCUUGCAUUUAGUGCCCCCAACUUUAGUCGGAUUAGCGCUCUCUGUACGUGAACUACAUUUGUUUUAA